AUGGACGUGGAGCACAAGGAUCACCUCCUCGCCGCGGCGCGCCGCGUCCUUGGCGCCGCGGUGCUCCUCCUCUGCCUCCUCGCCGAGCUUCUCGUCUUCGCGUUCAGGCGCCACGCGGCGCUGCACCUAGUCCCGGCCAGCGCGAUGCUGCUGCUGUGGCGCUUCAACAGGCGCGCCGCGGCGGCGGCGGCGGACGUUGGCCUCGUCGACUUCUCGUGCCUGAGGCCGCCCCGGCGGUUGCGGAUCCCGAUCCCGGGGCUUCUCGAGCACCUCCGCCUCAUCGGCUGCUUCGACGACGGCAGCGUGGAGUUCAUGUCCCGGGUCAUCGAGGGGUGCGGGAUGGGCGACGAGACCUACUUCCCGCCGUCGCUACACUACAUCCCGCCGUCGGCGACGCACGCCGACGCCGUGGCCGAGGCGCGCGGCAUGUACCUCCCCACGCUCGACGCGCUCUUCGCCAGGACGGGCGUGCCGCCGUCCGCCGUGGGCGCGCUCGUCGUCAACUGCAGCGGCUUCUGCCCGGCCCCGUCGCUCGCGGCCCUGAUCGCGGGGCACUACCGCAUGCGCGCCGACGUCAGGACGUUCAACCUCUCCGGCAUGGGCUGCGCGGCGGGCGUCGUCGGCGUGGACGUCGCGCGGGGCGUGCUGAGCGCGCACGCCGCCGUCAGGUACGCCCUGGUCGUCAGCGCAGAGAUCGUCACGGUCGGGUGGUACAGCGGCAGGGACCGCUGCAAGCUCCUCCUCAAUUGCUUCUUCCGCACCGGGUGCGCCGCCGCGCUGCUGACGAGCACCUCCGCCAUCUCGGUGCCGCCCAAUUGCAAGUACCGUCUCGUCACGCUGGCGCGCACGAACCGGACGGCCGACGACCGCAGCUACGCGUCCGCGGUGCGGGAGGAGGACGGCGAGGGCAUCACGGGGUUCUCCAUCGGCCGCGGGCUCGGCGGCGUGGCGCGCGACCUCCUGCGCGCCCACCUCCUCGCGCUCGGCCCCGCCAUCCUCCCGUGGCACGAAAAACUGCGGUACGCGGCGGCGCUGCUGCUGUUCCGACGUGGGCAGCGGAGGUUCAAGAAGCUCCAGGACGACGGCGACGGGAACACCGACGUCCCGAAACCGAACUUUCUAACCGCGGCGAGCCACUUCUGCCUGCCAUCGUCGGGGACGCCGAUGAUCCGGAGGCUGGCGGAGGGGCUCGGGCUUGGUGAGCGGGAGGCGGAGGCGGCCCUGAUGACGUUCCACCGGUUCGGCAACCAGUCGGCAGCGUCGCUGUGGUACCAGCUCGCGUACCACGAGGCGACGGGCGCGGGUCCGGCGCGGCGAUCGGGUGUGGCAGCUCGGCAUGGGGAGCGGGCCGAAGGCCAACAGCGUGGUGUGGGAGCGCAUCAGCGGAGACCCAGAGCCCGCGGCCACGGACAAUGGCCCCUGGGCCGACUGCAUGGACCGCUUCCCCGUCGGAGAAUCCUAGCAGCAUUGCCCAUUUGCCAUUGUUCAGCCUUCAGAAUUGUCUAA